GCUUCUCCGUUUAUUCUCGUUAUCUUCACCGGAAAAAGUAAUUUCUAGCAAGAAAUGAUGGAGGCGCUAGCUACCCAUGAUCUUCGCGUGAAUUCCCACAAUUGCAUUAUGUCCUCGUCCGGUUGCGUGAUUCGGGAACUUUAACCGUAUCUGAGAAAAGGAUUAAAAAAUCUAAGCAAAUCGAUUUUCGUUAGCUGAGUUCUGAAGUUAUUCCAUGCAUUGUCUGGCAAAUUAGAUGCAAAUAGUAGUAUAUUAUAAUCAACGUUAAGAGUCUUGUGUCUUGAUUAAAUUAAACCGCAUUAUUUGUUAGUUUUUGUUUUGGCAAGAUAUUAAUUUCUGUGUCAAUUGCGUAUGCUGAUCUCAUCGUGAAGCGAAGAAUCAACAAGCUUUUGAAAAGUGGAAGCGGCUUUUUUAAAGGUUGAGAAACAUGCCUUUUCCGAUGAAGAUUCAACCGAUCGAUUCCAGCACGCUAGAAGAGGUGGCGCCGCCUCUUUGGGAGACGGUGAAGCAGCCGGCGGCGAAAUCGCGGUUCAAGCGGCUGUUUGAGCGGCCGUUCCCCAGCGUUCUGAGAAAUUCCUCGACGGAGAAGAUCGGUGUCGUUGCCGCCGUCACAGAUGAGCUUCCUUUUAGCAAAGAAAACGCUGCUGAGUUCGACCCGAGCUCCGUUUGCUUGGCGAAGAUGGUUCAGAAUUUCAUUGAAGAAAACAACGAGAAGCAACAAUCUUCUACGGUUAGGUGUAGUCGUAACCGCUGUAACUGCUUCAGUAGUCGUAGCUGCAGUGACAGUUCCGAUGACGAAAUGGACGGUUUCUUUGGUGACUCAAAUCUAACUUCUUCCGCUAAAGCAUCUGAAAUCCUAAAGAGUUUGGUUUCUCCUAUCACUAUGAUUGAAAAGAAUUUACUGGCGGAUACAGCGAAGAUCAUGGAGAAGAACAAAAACUGUAAGAACAAAGGCGAUUUUUGCAGGAAAAUCAUUACCGAUGGAUUAUUGACCCUAGGAUACGAUGCUUCUAUCUGCAAAUCUUGCUGGGAAAAAUCCCCCUCUUUUCCCGCCGGAGAAUACGAAUACAUAGAUGUGAUAAUCGAGGGGGAAAGAUUGUUGAUCGAUAUUGAUUUCAGAUCAGAAUUCGAACUUGCCCGAUCAACGAAGACUUACAAAUCAAUCCUCCAAAUGCUUCCUUCCAUCUUCGUUGGCAAAGCUGAUCGUCUGCAGAAGAUGAUUGCCAUUGUUUCGGAGGCGGUAAAGCAAUGCCUGAAGAAGAAAGGAAUGCACAUUCCUCCGUGGCGAAAAGCCGAGUAUAUCAAGGCCAAAUGGCUUUCUCCUUGUAGCCGAAUCACACCAUCUACACCCGCAUUUACAACAGGAAAUAUCAAAGAAUAUGAGUUUGAUUCCACAGAUCCUGAGGAUAAAAACCAAGAUGGUGAGUUGGGGGAACCCAUAUUUUCUUUGUCUGAGAGUUCCGAGGAAGGGAAGGAAGAAAAUGUUAAGAAAGAAGAAUGGCAGCCACCUGAGAUAAAUCCCAGGAUCUCAAAGAUUGAGGUUAAGAUCGUGAAUGGUUUUGCUUCAGCCAUUGAAGAUGAAAUGAAACAAUAAAAUUUUGAGUUUCUUCCCCCCCUCCCCCCAAUUUUGGGUUAUUGGAGAAUCAAAAUAUAAUAUGGAACAUUACUGAACUUUUUGAAGAAUCCCCUUCAGUUUUCUAUGCAAGGGUUGAUCUGAUUUUUACUAAUAUGAAUAACAUUGUUAUA